AUGCAGAGUGUCGAAGAACUGGAACAAGAUAUUGAAUCGUUAACCAGAGAGAUUACUAGUCUUUGCCAGAAGAGAGAUGAGUUAAAGGCUCAAAAGUUCGAAAAAGAGUGCUCAGAGUUAAGUAACCAUCCAGUGGUUAAAGAGUUUGAAUCUGUGUUUACCAAAUUCCCGAAGUUAUAUGAAGUACUAGCUAGAGAGAAUCAAAUAGUGGAUUCCAAUGACAAUGAUACUUCUGAUGAACCUUCAACAGUAGAUUCAAGCUUUGUUAAAAGACGUAAAUUAGAAUUUAGUGAUGGUAGCGUUCAAAAUAAAAUGUUUGACAAGUCCAUUGCCGAUUUACUUGGUGAUACUUCAUCAUCUACUUCACCUGGUAAACGUCGAAGCAAAUUACAAAAUUUUAAGGGUCUCGAAUCGCAAGUCUCUAUCGAAAAUGCAUACAGGUUGUUUGGAAUUACUUUCUUUCCACUGGUGGACCCAUCAGAUAUCAAUUUUCAGCGUAAUGACAUUAAUAGGAAGAUGUUAGGAAUAAGGUUAGAAGUGUUUAACGAAGGGCUAAGACAAUUUGAAAAACCUCAUUACAUUUUAUUGAAGCAGAAUCUUAAGUUAAAUUCCUGGUCUUUGUUCAAACACACCAUUCCUGCAUUUAUAGAUUUAGAAUCAAUCUUCCAGAAAAUCGAUAAUGGUAUUAUUACAACUUACGAUCAAGUCUAUUUAUUUGCUAAGCAAGUUUACAUACAACUGUUGUGUGUUAGUCAAAGAGUGCAAAUUAUUGAAGAAUUGCAAGAUAUUAGACUGAUAUCAAACUUGGAGAUAGACUUGCAAAUUGCCGCUGUAAGUUUCGAUAUUCAGGGAAUGAAAAGAGUACGACUUUUUUUGCAAGAUGACCAAGUGAUCUCUUGUGAUACUUUCGAUGAUGAUGAACUCAAGAUGCUUUUGUUAGGUCCCGUUAAGGAAUUAAAAUUAAAAUUGGGUCGAUUAUUGGCAAGUUAG